UCGCAACUCCGACAAUGCCACGUGAACUCAUCGUCGACGAACCUCAGUCUCACAGCUAUUGAACAGCGCAAAGCAGCAAUGGAGACCGCGCAGCAGACUCCCUCACCAGGAAGCUUGAGCUGGAGGCUCAGCAGCCACCCCAUUACGCUGCUCACAUUUCUCUUCUUCCGCAUAUCAUCCCUCCUAGUCUACCUCUUCGGUCUCCGCCUCUUCACCUCAAACUUCGUCCUCAUCUUCAUCAUCACCAUCCUCCUUCUGGCCACCGACUUCUACUACCUCAAGAACAUCGCGGGGAGGCGUUUGGUCGGGCUACGAUGGUGGAACGAGGUCGACGGCGCAUCAGGCGAUAGUCGCUGGGUAUUCGAGAGCGCGGAUCCUGCUGAGCGGGAAGUCAACGCAACGGAUAAGCGCUUCUUCUGGAUUGCGUUGUAUGCGCAGCCCGUGCUGUGGAUUCUGUUGGCCAUUGUGGCACUGGUCAGCUUCGAGUUCAUCUGGUUGACGCUUGUUGUCAUCGCGCUUGUCCUCACUCUCACAAACGCUCUUGCCUACUCGCGCUGCGACAAGUUCAGUCAUGCUUCUGGCUUCGCUUCGAACGCCAUGUAUGGAUCCGGUCUUGCCAGGAACCUUGCUAGUGGUGUGGUUACAAGUUGGUUCAGGAGGUAG